AUGACCGGGCGCAUCUGGAAGCCCCCUGUCGGUGAGCAGGAGAGUACAAGGGUUGAGGGAGGAGGGAGAACAGAGAUCACCGACGCGCUCGCCGCCAGUCCACCGGGCCUGCAUGCGUCAGUGUGUGAGGAAGGAGGGCUUCAGUCCCGAUUCGAUCCAGCCGCACGCCCAUCCUCCCGAGCUUUGAGCGCCGUGCAGCGCUUCCCCCGGCUGGUGCCUCUGCCUCCCACACCGGCAAGGUUCGCGACAGAGGCGCAUCCAGGUGAUGGCGCCGCGGCAGCGCGGAGGCGCAGCACGGAGGAAGCAGGUGGGGCAGCUGAGCGGGGUAAGGCGGUGGCGCGGCGGAGCGGGGGAAGGUUGCGGCGCGGCGGCACGGGGGAAGGCGGCGCUGCGCCGGAGCGGGAGAAGGCUGCGGGGGAGGUUGUGGGCCUGGAGGAGAGGGGAUAUCGUGUGGAGAGAGAGGAUUGGGGGAAGGCGGUGAGCCGGAGGUAG